AUGGCCGACAAAAACGAAUUGAAGAAUAUGGUUCUAAUGUUCCGUGUAUCAGAACUUCAGUUGCUUCUGGGUCUAACAAGUCAAAGUCGAUGUGGUCGCAAGACUGAACUGAUGCAGAGGGCGCUGAACAUGUUGGACAGGGGGGUUUCUAGCCAUGUACAAAACAAAAUUAAGGAAUUAUAUCAACGUUUUGUGACUAGAGGGUCUACAUCUUCCUCAUCCUCUGUCUUGACCAAUCACAGUAAUCCUCAGAUGACAUCAUCAGUGGGUGGUGGGGGCGGUGUGCCGGCAGUGGGAGGUGGACAAGGCCGACCAGUCAGUGCAGUACACAAAGGACUGAGUGAGUUACUCAACCAGCAGAAUGGAACCCCCAUGGCUGCCCCUGUGACCUACCCCGAGGUCAGGUUCAAACAUCUGCCAUUCUAUGAUGUGCUUGCCGAACUUGUCAGACCUGUCAGUCUAGUUCCUCGCAACUCGUCCCGACAGCAAGAGAUGAAGAUCAACUUCUGCUUCAGUGAGGAACACCUCAAACAAAUAUCAAACUCUAGGGACAUCUCCCCGACGACGAACAAGGUGGACUUCAGGGUGCAGGUGCAGAUGAGGUUCUGCGUCCUCGACGUUUCAGCCCGGCAGCCCGACUGCUUCCCAACCACCAUCUGCGUCAAAGUUAAUGGCGCUGUUGCUGCUUUGCCGAAUCCGAUUCCAACGAACAAACCAGGAGCAGUUCCGAAACGACCGAGCAGACCCGUGGACAUCACGCAGCUCUGCAGGUUCUCCACUUCCUUGUCCAACAGCAUCUCAAUUGCAUGGACUGUUGAAGACAACAGGCACUACUGUGUUGUCAUCUACCUGGUUAGAAAGUUGAACUCGCAAAUUUUGCUGGAGAGACUUCAGAAGACCAGCAUCCUCAAACCAGAACACACCAAAAAAUUAAUAAGUGAGAAGUUGACAUUGGAGAGCGACAACGAUCUGGCACUCACCAGUCUCAGAAUCUCUCUCAUUUGUCCUCUUGGAAAGAUGCGCAUGUCGAUACCAUGUAGAUCUCAGACAUGUGACCACCUGCAGUGCUUCGAUUCCAUCACGUUCCUCCAGAUGAACGAGAAGAAACCAACAUGGUUCUGUCCUGUCUGUGAUAGACCAGCUGAAUUCAACAAACUCAUUAUUGAUGGCUUCAUAUCAGAAAUCAUACGUGACUCCAAUGAUUCAACUGAGAUUGAACUGACAAAAGACGGUGCUUGGUCUGUCACCAGGUCAGAAGAAUUGACAACUGAAGAUAAACACAACAACAACAAUAACAACAACAACAGUAGCAACAACUUUAGCAAUUGUAACAGCACUGCGAACAACAGCAGCAGUACGGGAGAUGAUAACAGAUGUCUCAACAUGGACACGAGUAAUGGAUUGUAUGAUUCACACUUUUAA